AUGGUGGCAGUGAGAGCUGGUGGUGGUGGGAAGAGUGCUUUGAUGAUACAGCUCAUUCAGGACCAUUUCAUUUAUGAGUAUGACUUCACCAUAGAGGAUUCCUGCAGAAAGCAAGUUCUCAUUGAUGGAAAGACCUGCUUCAUAGACAUCUUAGAUACUGCAGGGCAAGAGGAGUACAGUGCCAUGAGAGACCAGUACAUGAAGACGGGGGAAGGAUUCCUCUGCGUCUUUGCCAUCAACAACACCAAGUCUUUUGAAGACAUUCACCAGUACAGGGAGCAGAUCAAGAGAGUGAAAGACUCAAAUGAUGUUCCCAUGGUGCUGGUAGGGAAUAAAUGUGACCUCCGAGCACAGAUAGUGGAAACCCAGCAAGUGCAGGACCUGGCACGGAGUUACAGGAUCCCCUACAUAGAAACAUCUGCCAAAACCAGACAGGGCAUUGAAGAUGCCUUCUGCUCCUUGGUGAGGGAGCUCCAUCAGCAGAAGCUGCACAAGCUGAAUCCCCCAGAUGAGAGUGGCCCUGGCUGCAUGAACUGUAAAUGUGUGAUACCGUGACUACACUGA